GCGGCGGGCGGGCCGGCGGCCAUGUUGCGAUAGUCUGUUGUUUUCUUCCUGCGGAGGAGCCGGGCCGGGGUGCCCGAGACCGCCGGCCGCCUCCCCCGUGUUCCCGGUCCCGGCCCCUCGUCCCCCGUCCUCCGCCGCGCGUCCCCGGGCUCCGGCCGGCCGGCGGCCCACCGGCCGGCUUGGCGGGGCGACCCUGAAGGCCGGGCCCGCGAGCGCCAUGGCGGCCGCCCUGGGAGCGGGCGGAGGAGCCGGCGCCGGAGAUGAUGACUUUGACCAGUUUGAUAAGCCUGGAGCAGAGCGAUCUUGGAGAAGAAGAGCUGCAGACGAGGACUGGGACAGUGAACUUGAAGAUGACUUACUUGGAGAAGAUUUGCUGUCUGGCAAAAAGAAUCAGUCGGAUUUGUCAGAUGAAGAGCUGAAUGAUGAUCUUUUACAGAGUGAUAAUGAGGAUGAAGAAAAUUUCAGUUCUCAGGGUGUCACAAUUAGUUUAAAUACCACAUCUGGCAUGGUCACGUCAUUUGAACUGUCUGACAACACUAAUGAGCAAUCCGGGGAACAGGAAUCUGAGUAUGAACAAGGAGAGGAUGAACUUGUUUAUCACAAAUCCGACGGAUCUGAAUUGUAUGCUCACGAGUACCCGGAAGAAGGACAGUAUGAAGGCCACGAUGCUGAGCUGACAGAGGACCACAUGGAGUAUGUGGAGGAGCCCGAGGAGGAGCAGCUGUACAAUGAUGAAGUGUUAGACAUCGAGAUCAAUGAGCCUUUAGAUGAAUUCACAGAUGAAGAAUACUUGCAGGCUUGUGGGCAACAAGGGCUGCAAGAGCAGGAAGACUGUGUUGCUGAAGAUGAAUUAGAUGAGAUUACUGACCCCCAGGUUGCUCCUGAAACUGAAGAGGGAGGUAUGGAAACUUUGGAACUACAGAAGGACAUAAAAGAAGAAUCAGAUGAAGAAGAUGAUGAUGAUGAAGAAUCUGGACGAUUACGUUUCAAAACUGAAAGGAAAGAAGGAACAAUUAUUAGGCUCUCAGAUGUAACUAGAGAGAGAAGGAACAUUCCAGAAACUUUGGAGCUUUCAGCGGAAGCCAAAGCUGCAUUGCUUGAAUUCGAAGAAAGAGAGCGGCAGCAUAAGCAGGGGCGCUAUGGUUCGCGGCGGGGAGGAAGGAGAGGAGGCUCUGUGGUGUGCCGUGGAAUGGGGGACCAGAGGAGAGAGAGCAGCGAGCGAGCGAGAAUAAAAGAUCACAGACCUGCCCUGCUUCCGACACAGCCUCCUGGCCUGACACACUCUCCAAGACUGAUUCCCCCUCCGCAGCCUCAGCCGCCACCGCCGCCGCCGCCGCCACCGCCCGCACAGCAGCAGCCCAUCCGAAGUCUGUUCCAGCAGCAGCAGCUGCAGCCCCUGCUCCCCCUGCAGCACCCACACCACGCCUCGCCACCCCCGGGGGUGCAUGUGCCGCCCCAGAUGGAGGCCCCGAGGGGGAUGAUGACCCCGCCCCCCGUGACCCCGCAGCAGCCCAAGAACAUACACAUCAACCCCCACUUCAAAGGGGCGGUGGUGACGCCCGUCCAAGUGCCCUUGCUGCCAGUCCCGAGCCAGCCGAGACCUGCUGUGGGGCCCCAGAGAUUCCCAGGCCCUCCAGAGUUCCCGCAGCACGCACCUGGGCCUGUACCCAGCAAUUUCAGCCAGCCCCCACGACUUCCCCUCCAGGACCAGUGGAGGGCCCCGCCCCCGCCGCAGGAGCGAGACCCUUUCUUCUUAGGAGUUUCAGGUGAACCAAGGUUCCCGAGUCAUCUUUUCCUGGAACAGCGAAGCCCCCCUCCGCCGCCACCGCCCCCCACGCUUCUUAGCAGCACCCACCCAGUGCCCACCCCUAGUCCCUUACCGUUCACUCAGCCUGGACCCGCGUUUAAUCAGCAGGGACAGCAGCCCGUGUUCCCCAGAGAGAGGCCCGUCAGGCCAACUCUCCAGCCACCAGGUCCAGUGGGGAUCCUUCACUUUAGCCAGCCAGGCUCAGCGGCCACGCGGCCUUUCAUCCCUCCUCGGCAGCCCUUCCUGCCUGGCCCGGGACAGCCGUUUCUGCCCACCCACGCACAGCCUAACCUGCAGGGGCCUCUGCACCCCCCACUGCCCCCUCCGCACCAACCACAGCCCCAGCCCCAGCAGCAGCCCCCGCUCCAGCCGCAGCACCAGCCUCCGCUCCAGCCGCCCCCGCAGCACCAGCCGCCCCCGCAGCCGCCUCACCAGCCGCAGCACCAGCACCACCACCACCUCUCCGUCCCGCCCCCGCCGCUUAUGCCCAUGUCGCAGCCCCAGUUUAGGCCUCACGUCCAGACGGCCCAGCCUCCACCCAGCAGCGGCCGGAUGCAGUGCCCCCAGCGCCAGGGGCUGAGGCAUAAUACAACUUCUCAGAAUGUAACCAAACGGCCAAUGCAGCAAAUGCAGCCAACUGCUCCGAGAAACAGUAAUCUGCGCGAGUUGCCCAUAGCGCCGUCGCACGUGAUGGAAAUGAGUAGCAGCCGCUGCUCUUCCACACCUGCAGCUCCCGGGAAGCCGAUCGCCAGCACGUCCCCGCCCACGAGGCCGGGGGGUGGGCCCAGGAGCGCACAGGGCAAGACUGAAGCCAGAGUCAAGCCAGUCAGCCCUGUGGUUCAGCCCAAAGAGGAGGCAAAAACAGAACCAGAGUUUCCAGACGAAGACGAAGAAACGAGGCUGUAUCGCUUGAAGAUCGAAGAACAGAAGCGCCUCCGGGAAGAGAUCCUCAAGCAGAAGGAGCUGCGCCGGCAGCAGCAGGCGGGAGCGCGGAAGAAGGAGCUGCUCGAGAGGCUGGCCCAGCAGCAGCUUCACCUGCCCCCGGCCUCGGCAGAGCCGGAGCAGCCGGCGGCCUCCCCGUCGCCCACCAAUGGAAACCCACUGUUACCCUUCCCAGGUGCACAGGUCAGACAAAACGUGAAAAACAGACUUCUCGUGAAAAACCAAGAUGUCACUCUUUCCAAUGUUCAGCCCAAAACAUCAAAUUUUGUGCCAUCUGGUGCUAACAUGCAGUAUCAAGGACAACUGAUGAAACCGUUGAAGCCUUUGAGACAGGCCAGAACCGUACCUCAGAGUCCAGCUCAGCACAAAGUCCUGCAGGUAAAACCUGCGGACGGGGAGGGGCCGCCACCCCCCUCACAGACCGCUCGAGUGGCGUCCCUCCAGGGCCGGCCCCCGGACGCCAAGCCGGGCGCGAAAAGGACUGUCAUGCACCGGGCAAACAGCGGUGGCGGAGAUGGGCCGCACGUCAGCUCCAAGGUCAGGGUGAUUAAGUUGUCAGGCGGGCAGGGAGGAGAGAGUGACGGCUUUUUUCACCCUGAGGGCCAGCCCCAGCGGCUCCCACAGCCCCCAGAAGUGAGGCAGCAGCCCGCCCGCAAGGUGACGCUGACCAAGGGGGCCCUUCAGCAGCCCCACCACCCACCGGUGGCGUCCCACGUGCACUCGGCCGGCCCUCCGGGCAUCAAGAGCAUCCAGGGAGUCCAUCUGGCCAAGAAGGUCCUCAUGCACGGGAGAGGCCGAGGCGUGGCAGGAGCGAUGGGCCGGGGACGCCUGAUGCCGAACAAGCAGAACCUCCGAGUGGUGGAGUGUAAGCCUCAGCCCUGUGUCGUGUCUGUUGAAGGGCUUUCUUCGUCCACUACUGAUGUCCAGCUGAAGAACCUACUGAUGUCAGUAGGCCCCAUUCAGAGUUUACAGAUGCUUCCCCAGCAACGGAAAGCCAUAGCUAAGUUCAAGGAACCAGCUCACGCGUUAGCAUUUCAACAGAAAUUCCACAGGCACAUGAUAGAUUUGUCCCACAUAAAUGUGGCCCUGAUUGUUGAGUGAUUUCUGGCAGGAGACGCUGACCUGGCACUGCACGCGCUGUGGGAUUUCUUCGAGGGAGAGCUGCAGCACAGAAUCCCCGCAAGCGUAGGCCUCUCCGUCCGCAGUCUUGCGUAACUGUUGUCUGGAGCGCCACACGGCCCAGUGUUGAUUCCAGCAGAGCUGGACUUGGGGACACGGCAGACUGGGGUUUGCUGUUAGACUGCUUCACGUUCUGUUGUCACCACAGAGAACUACAUUUUUCGUUUGCUUUUGUUUUCAAAGUGCUCACAAUGCAUGUAGACAUCGUUCUUUGUGAUCGUACUGUGUGAUCGAUCACAGUGACUUAGAUUCAGGAAGGAACAUUAACGUCACAAAUUCUAAGUAGUUUUUCACAGCAAAGAAUACUUGAUAAUGGUUGCACUUAUCUUCAGUGCAGGCUAGACAAGUGUUUUCCCAGCCAAGCGUAACUUGCGCUGUCUUCUCAGAAAGCCCUCAAAAGGCUCUUGGAAAAACGUAGAUGAAAAUGUGGGUGAUUAUGAUUGACAGUUGCAUACCCUGGAAAGCAGGGCAUGAGGGUGGUUGGGAGCGGUGCCAAUUGUGUGGCAGAUUCUGCUUCUUGUGAAUACUCCAAAAGCACCGACUGUGUGUUCCCAGCUCCAGACGGGACUCCCCACCCCUUUACACCCUUCCCAAAUCAGGCAACAGUCCUGGCAGGCCCGCCCCGCCUCCCUGGGCCUAAAGAAGGUGCCCGUAGUGCUGCCAUCUCGCAGCCCUUCUGGAGUCCCCUGCCAGGCGGGCGACACCACAUAUCUACCAUGCGAGGUGGAGGGAUGGCCCGGAGCUUGAACAGACCCUGUGUGGGGUUUUUUCCCCCUCUUUUUAAAUGCAGCCCAAAGGGGCUUAUUUGUGUCCCUGGCUCGGCGACAUGUGCCAUUCUUUUGGAACCUGGUUAUCAUUGCUUUGAUUAACUCCUUGUUUUGGAAGGCUUUUUGAGCAGGGCUGCACCGUCCUUCCGCAGACUAGGAGCAGGUCCCCCCUUGUGGAGUGUGGCAUGAGGGACCGCCAAGCCCCACAUGGAAUUGACAUGUGUUCGUAACGCCAGUGAACCCGGUUGAGGAGUUCUGGGUAGGUUUCUUUAGGUGAGACACUUGUUCCCCAUAAAGCAACCUUUAGUAAAAUUUAUUCUGGGCAAAUGUUUAAAAAAGUGCCUUAUUAAGUAUUUCUGCUCAUGAAGGAGAUUUCACUGUUGUGGGUUUAUUCUAAUGUGGACCUGAGUUAUUUGAGCAAGUACUAGAUACUAGGGCAUACUCUGACUUUUUAGCUGUAUUUUAUACGUAAGAUUUCCUGUCAGGUUUAUUAGUAGAAUUAGAGGAAAUAGUAGCCCGCUGCCACCUAAUGCCUCCAGUUAGCCCAGUGCAGACCCACUGUAGACCCCAAAGCCCCCACGGCCAGGCGUCCCCCGCCUCUCAGCCUUCUGGGGGGCUGGGACACAGGCCCCGGGAACCUGUGUCGUCUUGUUCCCAAAGGUGACAUUUUCUAGUGUUUUUUCAAUUGAAGUUACCUGAACGGGAGGGGAGUGUUCAGACCCCGUGAGGCUUGCUGCAGCGUUGAUCCUGUGGUAAGAACCCGGAGGAUGAAGGUGGUUGUUGAUGGCUGCUUUUCAGAAGAUUUUGGUGCCAGGAACAAGUAGGCACUCCUAGGAUGCACUAGAACAGCCUCCAGCCGAGGUGCCCAGCCUCGCUGGUUCCCGAAGGCCCCGACGAAGCUGCGAAAGGUGGUGUCACGCGCCAGGCCCACCUUGCCGCUCCAGUGGAGGGUCCACAGUCAGGGCCGCGUGCCUGCCCGCAGCCAGCUGACACGGGCUGUCCUGCCCGCUCUUGUCACAAGUAGAUACGGAUGUGCUCAUGGAUUUAAAAGCGUAGUUUAUCUGGUUCAGUCUGCCAAGAGCUGCAUUGAAGUGAAGAGCUUGGCAGCCUGGAAGCUCUCCUUGCGAGAGCUCAGACCACUUCCCCAUGCGGGGCAGUGGGCAGGCUUUCAGUUGAUGGACUUCCUUUAUCACCGAGGACCAACUGAUGCCUAAAAUGGGAUAGUCUGAGUGUGCUGUGGCCUUGACACCAAAAAGCUGCACGUUGUGUCUGGGAGGUAGGCACAGAAACACACACUUUUCUAGUUAGUGCCGAUAAACUAAUCAGUCCUACGUGGGCACCGCUGUUGAAGACAGACCUGUGGCUACUUUCAGGUCUGCUUCUGGCAUUGUCUAGUAGGACACGGGUGUCCAGGACGUGUGUGUCCGUAACUGUCUGCGCACACGGAAGCUUUCUCUUGUUACGUUCUUGAAAGCCUUGGGCCAGGGGGUUAGAAGGCUCAGUGCCGCCGCCUCCGCGCGCCCAGCCAUUGGGCAUGGCCCCCGGCGGUGCCCCUGCCCCGGCCGGGGAGCAGAGGCUUAGCUUCCUUGAAGGGGACUGUGGAAAAGGAAAGAAGCAGAAUUAGAAAGGAACGUUAUUGCCAUGGUCGGUGCGCUUUCCGCAGGGAAACCAGACCACCAUCAGUUGAACCCUCUUGGAAGAUCUGUUGCAACCAUUAUCUUUGUUCUUUAUUUAUCAUGCAUUUAAAAUGAGAUGCAGAAGCAUUUAACAUACUAUGUAAAUACGGACCUUUUAAAAUUAAAAUGUUAUUGGAAAUGCUUUCAAUUCAGCAACAAUCUUAGCUCUUUGUUAGUUCUUUUGUGUUGUCUUACCAGAGUUACAUGGAUACAGUUCCAUAACUGUUGAUGUGUUUGUGUGUAUAUUCGAUUUUUAUAAAGAUGGUAGUAAGUCAAUA